AUGGUGCUCAACCACUCACCACCGCCAGGCCUGUACAUCACUGGACUGGGGUCCCAAUACCCUCCGUAUCUUUUGGGACCGGAGAAGCUCGAGGAAUUCGCGGCACGCUUCUACGAUGUAGAGAGUCCAGGACUCAAAAAGCUCUUGCAAAUCAACCGCUCCUCCGGCAUCGAGACAAGAUCUGCUAUUCGGUCUUACGAAAGCGGAUUUGCAACUCGGCCCGAGGCGCCAACAAUCAGUGAGCUUGCCGAAUUCUAUCAUCAAGCGGGAGUCGAUCUCACCACUCAAGCUUGUAAGAAAGCUCUGCGGGAGUCUCAGAUUAUUCCUCAACAAGUCACCCACACUAUCGGGGUAACUUGCACCAAUCAAGGUAACCCGGGAUACGAUCUCCUUGUGAAUCGUAAACUGGGUUUAUCAGCCAAUGUUGAUCGUAUGCUUCUCCAUGGUGUCGGUUGUGCAGGGGGACUAGCUGUUAUGCGAGCUGCAGCGCAAAUAGCCUGCGGUGCUAGUAUGCGACGGAAGCCGGCCCGCAUCCUCGCUUUCGCAUGUGAGCUGUGUACUCCUAAUGUCCGCCAUGAUCUGGCAUUUGCGGAGAAAGCUGCCGAUUCGGAAAACAUUAGCAUUGCAGGGGCUUUAUUCUCGGAUGCUGCUGCUGCGUUCGUUCUUUGCAACGAGUAUGCCAUGGCUGAAACCGAGAUCACGCCCCUGUUUCAACUUCUCGAGUGGGGCAAUGCCUUGAUCCCGGAUACGAUUGAGCAUAUGGCAUUCUUUGCAGAUGUUGAUGGUUACCGGACUGUUCUCACUCGUGAUGUCCCGCAAUACACCAAGCACGCGAUCGGUCCAAUGUUCGAGAAACUUCUUCCCUCUUAUCAGAGCCAGAUUCAGUCUGGCUCCAGACAGGGGGUAGGGGAAGUAACAAAGUCGCUAGGCAUUAGCGAUUUUGACUGGGCCCUACACCCUGGAGGAGAGGCUAUUAUCGAGGGCGCAAAACAGGUUCUGGGUUUAACUGAAGAUCAGCUGCAGGCAAGUCGGGAAAUAUACCGUACUCGGGGUAAUUCGUCUAGUGCGACGGUUCUGAUUGUCCUUGAUCGGCUUCGAUCGUUGGGAAAGAGGGAGUAUGUUGUUGCGACCUCAUUUGGUCCUGGACUAGCAAUUGAAAUGGCUAUGUUGAGGAGAUGCGAGGUUGAUGAGGACUAA